UUUGUAUAUCGUAAACAGAAAGUGCGGUAGUGCUCCUUGGUUUGUUUAUCUGUGCACCAUUUGUUUAAUUCGCUUUAAUUGUAGCAUACAAAAUCAUAUUAAUAAAAAAUGAGUUUUAUACAAUUCGAAAGUGCACGCGAAAAGGAGAAAGCACGUCAGGACCUCAGGGAAGCACGCGCUGAACUCUUAGAGCAGGCAAAAUCGAGGGCGGAGGAGCGCAACAAACGCGAAAUUCAAAAGGAGCUGCGCGGCGAAAGCAAUUGGAUGCUGCCAGCGCUAGCUAACAAAUUGGACAAGUUGAGCAGCAAGUCCAAGAAGUCCAGCAAAAAGAAGAGCAAACACAAGUCCAAAGCGAAGUCGUCAAAAUUGAAGAAGUCAUCCAAAAAGAAGCGCAAAAAACACAAACACAGCAGCAGCAGCAGCAGCAGCGAUAACGAUGGCGACAGCGACAGUGAUAGCUCCACUUCCAGCUGUAGCUCUGACUCGGACAGAAAGCAGCGCAGCCGCCACAAGAAAUCCAAAAAGAACCGCAAGCGGAGCGGAAGCAGCGCUGACGAGUGGGUGGAGAGCGCGCCCGCACAGGCUUUGGUGCAGCGGGACAGCUGGAUGACGGACAGCGCAGCUCUAAUGCUGAAAACCUACUCGAAGGAGCGCAAGGAACCAGCCAAGCCCAACGAGAAGCUGCAGCAAAUCGAUGCUUAUGACCCGGCCAAAAGCUGCCACGAGCUGAAUCCCUAUUGGAAAAGCAAUGGCACCGGCCUGCCGGGCUUUCAAAAGCCCAAAGCCGACGAAGAUGAAGAGGAUGCGCACCCAGCCAGCCACGCCAGGGCAAUACAACAGCCACGUGGCAGUACACGCAGCUGGCAAAAGCCCGGAACAGUCAAGGACUGCGGCAGCAGCAGCAGCAGCAGCAGAAAGAAGCGUAGCCCCUCACCAGCUAACUCAGCUACAGACGCCAGCUCCGGCGAGGAAAGUGAAACGGAGCCAACGCAUCUGACGGAUGAGCAAAUCAAUGAAUUGGCCGCCAAAGCAAUUAAAGCCGAGCUCAAGGGCAAACCCGAACUGGCGGCUGAGCUCAACAAGCAGCUGGAGACGGCACGAAAGCAACGCACCGAACUCCUGGCCAGCGGCAAAGCGCCAGCAGCAAAGCCAAGCAAAUCACAGCAGCGGCAGGAACGCGAUCACGUGCUGCUCACACGAACCGAUGCCAGCGGCAAUGUGCGUCCACUUGUCCAGUCGCGCUCGGCAGCUGCCCAGGCGGAUCCCAAUGCGCUAUACGGCGGACGCAAGGGCCAAAAGCGUGGCCAAAAGAAGGUGGACACGCAUGUGGAUGGGCAGCGGGUGCGCUACUUUGCGGACGAUGAUCGCUACGAUAUCAAGCAAAUGUUUGAGCGCGAGAAGCAUGCGACCGCAGCUGACUCAAAUCUGCAGUACGCCGACAUCGUAUCGAAGCACAAGAAUCCCAAUGAUGAUCUGGAGGAUAUAUUUGCGGAUCGGGUGCGCAAGAACAUCACGGAGGCGGAUGCGGAGCAGCGUGAACUGCAGCAGGCAAUACGGGAGCACGAGAAACUGGCCGCAACGCUGGAGAACUGUGAACGCUGCUUUGACUCGGCCAAGCUGGACAAGCAGCUGCUGGUUGCCAUGGGCAACAAGAUCUAUCUGAGCCUGCCCUGGCACGUCGGCCUGCAGAGCGGCCAUUGCAUAUUGACGACCAUGCAGCAUGUUUCGGCCAGCACACUGCUCGACGAAGAUGCCUGGGAGGAGCUGAGCAACUUCCGCAAGGCACUGACCCGCAUGUUUGCCGCACAGCGCAAGGAUGUUGUCUUUUAUGAGAUCGCCAACAAGCUGCAUCGGCGUCCGCAUCUCACCGUCCACUGCAUACCCAUACCGGAGUCGCGGGCUGAGAUGGCGCCUUUCUAUUUUAAGAAGGCCAUCGAGGAGUCCGAGCAGGAGUGGUGCAUUAACAAGCAGCUGAUCUCACUGCGACAGAAGUCCCUGCGCGCUGCCAUACCCAAGGGUCUGCCCUAUUUGUGGGUGAACUUUGGCAUGGAUGCGGGCUUUGCUCAUGUUAUCGAGGAUCAGGAACGUUUUCCAGCCAACUACGCACAGGAAAUUAUUGGUGGCAUGUUGGAGCUUAAUCCGAAUUCGUGGCGCAAACCGCGCAAGGAGCAAAACUCCAUUGCCAAGGUCAAGUCGUUUGCGGAGGCAUGGCAAAAGUUUGACUGCACCGAACACUAGGUCGACGCACUAAAACCAACUUCGUAAAAUUUAAAUUUGCUACAAAAAAAAAAAA